GUAGACGGGGGCAGGAUAUCCGGAGUCAGUUUUUGCAUCCGGUCUUCCGUUACCCAUCUGAUCUACUGUUCCCUCAACAUACUCUCGUCGGCUUUCGUCAUUUCCCACAUAAGCAUCGCUUCCACCUGAUCACUGUUCUCUCCUCCACCUGAUGUUGUUCUCACCAGAAUCUGGAUACUAUCUCUCCUCCUCCACCUGAUACUGUUCUCACCAGAAUCUAGAUACUAUCUCUCUCUCGUUAGAAUUUGUUAAUGGCGUCCUCUCUUCUUCUCUCAAAUAUUCCUGUCUUCUCUCACCAGCGCUCUAACGGCGACACCCUCUUUUUCAGGCAUAAUCCAAGUUUUGCCCAUUUGAAAUCAAUUAAGAGCUUUGAAUUCGCGAGACCCACAAGGAAAAAUCCUGUAAUUUCUGUGAAAUCACUUCAGUCAUGCCGAAAGAUUCUUGCCGGGACGUCAGUUGGAGAAACGGAAGAGAAGGGUUCCGUCUCCGAUGAGUUUCUGGUCGGGGAGGAUUCUGCUGCAUUUGAUAUCGGGAAGCAGAAGCUAUCUUCUUGGGUUUAUUUCACUGGAAUUUUGGGGACUGUUCUCUUCGCACUUGAUGUCGUUUGGAUUGAUUCAUCGACUGGACUUGGGGUUGGGAAGGCCUUUAUCGAUGCCGUUGCAAGCCUUUCGGAUAGCCACGAGGUUGUUAUGUUAAUUCUUAUUUUCAUAUUUGCUGUUGUCCAUAGUGGCAUGGCUAGUUUCAGAGAUCUGGGCGAGAAACUCAUUGGAGAACGUGCAUACCGUGUUCUCUUUGCAGGGAUCUCUCUUCCAUUGGCAGUUAGUACUGUUGUAUACUUCAUUAAUCAUCGAUAUGAUGGAAUUCAAUUGUGGCAACUCCAGAGUGUUCCAGGAGUUCAUCAACUUGUGUGGAUCUCAUCCUUCAUUUCAUUCUUCUUCCUCUAUCCUUCAACCUUUAAUCUGUUGGAGGUGGCCGCAGUUGAUAAGCCUAAAAUGCACCUUUGGGAAACUGGGAUCAUGAGAAUCACCAGGCAUCCACAGAUGGUUGGGCAGACAAUGUGGUGCUUGGCUCACACACUCUGGAUUGGCAAUUCUGUAGCUGUUGCAGCCUCCAUUGGCUUGAUUGGACACCAUCUAUUUGGUGUUUGGAAUGGCGAUAGGAGAUUGGCUUCAAGGUAUGGAGAAGCUUUCGAGAUUGUAAAGAGUAGAACCAGUGUCAUUCCUUUUGGAGCUAUCAUUGAUGGACGUCAAAAGUUGACCAAAGAUUAUUACAAGGAAUUCAUCCGGUUGCCAUAUAUUGCAAUUACAGCAUUGACAUUAGGUGCAUACUGGGCCCAUCCACUCAUGCAAGCAGCCAGUUUUCGUCUUCAUUGGUAGGAUUCAGACCAUCUUUACCUGUACCAGAGAGAGCAGGCUGAGAACCCUGCCUAUAUGAAAACCAGUCGAACAAAUACACGAUCAACUUUUCAGAGUAGACGGUUACUAAUGAUGGUAAAACACCAAGAAGCUCGUUAAUCAA